GGACGGAGCAAGUUGGCGGCAGCGGGACGCUUCAUUCAUUUUCCUCGCGGGAUGGAGGCCGCCGCAGCGCCCCGGCGGGGCGCGCGGGGAGCCGCCGCCGCCGCCGCGCUCCGCCCCGCGCCGCCGCCGUCAAACUUUUCCCGGCUGUAGCGGCAUGGACCCGCUGUGGACGGACACCGGCGCCUCGGUACGGCAUGCAAAUACGUACUCUGACGUCGGCGAUCAUGUGGCUUUUGGCGUAGAUCCUCCUUGUGAUCGCCAAUUUUUCCCUUGCUGUCGCCUGUUGUCUGCGGGCGCGUCGGGCCGCUGCGUGGCUCCUCUCACACGGUCUCGGCGGGUUUUUGCGGGCUCGGCCGCGUCGUCGCGUCGCUACCUGGGGGUCGCGCCACGAGCGGAGGGCAGGUCGCGUCCUGUCAUGCAGUUCCCGGAGCUCGGCCAGCACUGGAGCUGACGCCGUCAGCGAGGCCAGACCAGUCCACGCUCCAGCAGCCCGCCGCUCCGACCCCGGGGGAGGGCUGUUCUCUUCUUCCUCGGCGGCUCAGUCCGGUCCCGGUGAAAGGCCUGCUGGUCUUGCUCCCCCUCCUGAGCCUGAAUCUGCGUUCUGCGGCCCUGCGGCCCCCCUGGCCUCCCUUCACGCCCUGGUCCUGCACCCUGGGAGCCUCGGCCGCAGCGAGGGGGGCUGUCCGCCGGGACCACCGCCGCCAUGUCCAGCCGACGCAAGGCGUCCACUCCCUGCAUGAUCCGGCCAGAGCAGACCAUGGUGGAGCUGGAUGACGAGGACACGGAGGAGACGCUGCACAUGGAGACAACAACAGAGAACCACGUUCAGGAGGGACCGAUGGACACAGAUCUGCCGGCGCAAGCGGAGCCGGCGCUGGACUCGGAUCUUUCCGCCAAGGCCGCGGACCUCCCCGCGGCGCCCGACAAGCCGGCGGCGGAGCCCCCGGACCCGUCCAAGCCCCAGCGCCGACAGCAGGGGGGCUACGAGUGCAAGUACUGCCCCUUCUCCACGCAGAACCUCAACACCUUCAAGGAGCACGUCGACGCCAACCACCCCAACGUCAUCCUCAACCCGCUGUACCUGUGCGCCGUCUGCAACUUCAACACCAAGAAGUUCGACACCCUGACGGAGCACAACGAGCGCUGCCACCCGGGGGAGAGCAACUUCAAGUUCAAGCGCAUCAAAAUGAACAGCCAGACGAUCCUGGAGCAGACGAUAGAGGGCUGCGGCAACAGCGCCGUCAUUUACAACGCCUCCGCCUCCUCCGCCGCCGCUUCUGGGAAGGGGGAGGAGCCGGGAUCCCUGCCGCCCAGCAAGCCCGCCGCGGUCAAGGCGGGUAAACCAAAGCUCCCGUCGGCGGACAUCAAACGGACUGAGUGUCAGCUGGGCAAGCUGGCGCCCGAUCUGUCCAAGAAGCCCAUCACGGCGGUCAACGUCAACGGGACGGUCAUCAUCCCCGAGUCCACGCUCCUCAAAGACGGCCUUUCUCACAUCAUGCCUUCCUUACAGCGGCCUCUAAACUACACCCAGGUGCCGAAGAUCGCAGUGCCCCUCAACACCACCAAAUACAACCCCUCCCUGGACGACAACCUGACGCUCAUCUCCUCCUUCAACAAGUUCCCCUACCCGACGCAGGCGGAGCUGUCCUGGCUCACCGCCGCCUCCAAGCACCCGGAGGAGCAGAUCAAAGUGUGGUUCACCACCCAGAGGCUGAAGCAAGGCAUCAGCUGGUCGCCCGAGGAGGUGGAGGAAGCCAGGAAGAAGAUGUUCAACGGCACCAUCUCCUCCGUGCCUCAGACCUUCGCCGUGGUCACGCCUCAGCUCAGCUCCCAGUCGUCGGUCAGCCAGCCGCCCCAGACCGCCGUCCCCAAGCCGCCCGUCCUGCAGCCGCUGCCCUGUCAGCUGGUGGGCCAGACCAGCCUGGUGCUGACGCCCGUGGCCAACGGCUCCUCCGUCACGUGCGCGCCGCUGGCGCUCACCGUGGCGAGCCAGGUGGCGCAGUCCCUCAAACGACCUCUGCCCUCUCCGGCCAUUGCCUCGGAGAGCAAGCGGCCCUCCAUCAUCCAGACCGUCUCGGCGCCGGCGCCCGCCUCCAAGCUGGCGUCCUCCAAAUUGCUGAGCUUCACCAUGGACCCCAACAAGACGGCCGAGCAGCUGUCGGUGCUGCGCUCCAGCUACACGCAGUGUCCCUUCCCCGAGGAGGACGAGAUCUACAGGCUGAUUGAGACCACCGGGCUUUCCAGAGGAGAGAUCAAGAAGUGGUUCAGUGAACAGAGGCUGCUCAACCUCAAAAGCGUCCCUCCUCCACCCGUGCUGGUGAAGGCGGAGGUGGCUCCGCCCCCUAAAGACGGCGCCGUGAAGAAGGCGGUGCCCAGCCAGUUCCCGCUGCUGGAGCGGGUGAAGGGGAAGUCGUCGGAGCAGCUGAAGGCGCUGGAGGAGAGCUUCCAGAGGAGCAGCUCGCCCACCGACACCGAGCUCGACCAGCUGGCCCUGGAGACCCGGCUGUCCAAGACGGAGGUGGACUGCUGGUUCUCGGAGCGCCGGGCGCUGAGGGACAACAUGGAGAAGGCCCUGCUCAGCAUGAGCCUGAAGAGCGCCGAGGAGCGUCCGGCGGGGGCGCUGCUCAACGGAAACUCGCACCCGCCCGCCCUGUCCUCCUCCUCGUCCUCGUCCUCGCCGCCGGUGCUCGCCGCCGCCGCCUCCUCCCCCCGGCCGCCGGCCCACCCCGCCUCCGCCUCGCCGCCCGUCCUCACGUCGUCCUGCUCCUCGUCGCCGCACCCGCCCGUGCUGUCGGCCUCCGUCAGCCCGGCGCCCGUCUCCGGCCGCUCGCUGGCGCUGCUCCGGGAGAUGUUCUGCCGGACUCAGUGGCCGUCGCCGGACGAGUACAGCCAGCUGGAGGCCCACACCAGCCUGGGCCGCACCGACAUCGUGCGCUGGUUCAAGGAGCACCGCUCGGCCCUGAAGAGCGGCGAGGCGCUGGACUGGAUGGACGGCUCCGCCAAGCAGAACCCGCCGGAGCCGCAGAGAGGGAGCCAGGAGCAGAACGGCCAGAGCUCUGAGAAGAGCCAGGCCGAGGAGAAGGCCGGGAGAGGCGAGGCGGCCGGCGACACUGCGGCAGCCACACAGAUCCCCAGACUGUCGGAGCAGCCGAAGGUCCAGUGGUUGAGCGACAGGCUGCCGGCGGAGGUGACGGACCUGAGCAGGACCCGGCCGGACCAGACCGGCUCCGGCGCCGCUGAGAAAGGGAGGUGGGUGAAGGUGACGGUGGCCGUGGGAGAGGAGGCCGACGGCGGCGUGGAGAGGCAGAGGCUCGCCGCCGACACGGAGGUCGUGACCUUGGAGCAGCCGGGCAGGGUCACUGGUUGAUGGUGGAGCGCGAUCAUUUCAAGCCGGACGUCCGGCCGCCGCCAGGCGACUCGGGACGAACAAAGAGAAGCAGAACCAGUGUCGACGAACGCUGGAGGCGACCGCGAGGCGUUGGGGGCGCCGGCGGCGGCGCCUCGCUGCUGACGCACUGACAUUAAGAGGAGUGCCAAAGCUGGACUUGAUGCAUUGUUCUUACUACUACGCUUCUUCUUCUUCUUCUACUUCUCGUUUUUCCCCCCUGUUUUUUUUUUUUUUUUUUUUUUUCCCCCUUCAAGAAACACUCAUGUAAAUAAUUUUCUGUAUUACAGAAGAAAAAAACGUUUGUAUAGUUUUACUGUGAGGGCAUGAUUUGUUACAUUUUUGUUUUUUUUUUUUUUAAAGGAAGUUUAACUCUUGCCCGGAACAUGGAAUGUUUUCUGUGUUCGUCUCAUUGAUGUUCGACUGAAAAGUGUAUUAUAGUCUGUUAUUUGCUGAGAAUCAGCCCUAUUUUUUUGGAGUAAAAAAAAAAAAACAAAACAAAAAAAGUUACAAAAAAAACAAAAAAAACUCACCUGCCCUGCUCGCUGCGAGCAGACUUCGAUGGCACUUGCAUUAAUCGCCGUGUUAGUGGUAGAUACUUUCAUACAGGGGCGCCUCGUCCCAAACUGUUAGGAAACUGUCUCUUUUGUUUUCUUCUUCUUCUUCUUUUUCUCCUGCAGCGUCACCUUAAAUCACCCUCAUAGAGUUACAACGGUGAAGGUGGAAAAUCUCACAUAAGUGCUAGAGGGGUGGAGUGAGAGAGGAGCACGAGCAGCCACGUGGCCGGGACCGGGACCCGGACCCGGACCGGGACCGGCGGCGUUAAACGAGCACACUGUACAUCACACACCGUCUCCUCCAUCAGCUGAGCCUCGGUUCAGCGCCCGAGGCCCGGCGCCACGCUCACAAGAGCAGUUUGUGUUCAGCUCCGGGUGUUCUAACCCCAGCAACACGCAGGUGGAGGGGAAAUUUAAAAAAAAAAAAAAAAAAACA